CUCAGAUACCUCAUCAAUCAAGCUGUUUAAACCGCACUCUUUUACAAUGCUUCGCAUCGUUCACCUGAGCGGGAAUUUUCCUGCCUUGGCUUCUACAGCAUGGGUUUCACUACUCUGGCUUUCGCUCUGGUCAUGUAGAACGAAUGCUGCUGCUGUUUCGUACAUUUAUCCUCGUAUCGAUAUUGCGCCUAUUUUGGCCAACCAGACAUGGUCACCAAAUACAAUCAUCUCAUCUGCCGGUUCUCCAGGGUUCUUCAACGCUACAGAACGUUGGACUACGUUUAGCGCCCCGACUUAUAGCGCAGCCAUUAGUCCAGACACGGAAGCAGACGUAGUAAAAGCCGUGAAACUAGCAACAUCACAUAAGAUCCCAUUUCUCGCCACUGGAGGACGUCACGGAUAUACUACUACCUACGGGAACCUUCACGAUGGUCUAGCUAUAGACCUAAGCCAUUUCACCUCGAUUAAAUUGGACAAGACUGCUGAAACGAUCACCGUUGGGCCGGGUGUUACUGUACGCGAUAUAUUCGACCCUUUAUACAACGCCGGCUUUGACCUUCAAACUGGUAGCGCUCCUUGUCCCAGUUUGAUCGGAGUCUCGCUCGGUGGCGGUGUUGGUCGAUAUCAAGGAGUCUAUGGGUUAAUCACAGAUGCACUAGUUUCUGUGCGUCUGGUCACAGCGAACGGAGACCUCAUCGAGGUGUCGCGCAAUUCGCAUCCGGACUUGUUCUGGGCCAUCCGCGGAGCAGGCGCGAAUUUCGGCAUCGUCACGUCAGCGACUUAUAAAGUCCACCCGCUAACCGACGGUGGCGAUGUCUUCGUCGCCGAGUUUCUUGUUUCGUCUGAACAUAUCUCUAAGUACUUUGAAGCCGUAGAGUCGAUGAGUCCUUUGCCCGCAGAAUUAGCCUCGAUAACGAUAUUGGGCUUUAACAGUACCACUAACAAGACACAAGCUCAAGUGCACUGGGCAUACAAAGGACGUGAAGAUAAAGCCCGCGCAGCCCUGGCACCGCUUCUCAAUCUCAACCUUGAAGUCACCCAAAUGAAAGUCUUCCCAUGGAAUAAGCUUGCCAGUGCCACACUCGGGGGCAUCGUCGAUUCUGUUUGCAAAGACAACAUCAACCGCGACUUAUACAGCUGGAACUUCAAGAAUUACUCGGCGUCUACGUAUACCGCAUCAUUUAAGAAAAUGGAAAAGUACUUCGCAAAGUAUCCCGGUGGGCGUGACAGUAUCCUCCAGUUUGAAUUUUUCCCAAACCAAGCUAUGGCGGCCGUGCCCGCGGACGAGACCGCGUUCCGGUGGAGAGAUUCAACUGGAUACAUAAACUUCAACAUGUUGUUCGACGCCGGAGACAACGUCACGGAGAGCGCAUCAAUUGCACUUGGGCUUGAGCUCCGAAAUGACUUCAUAGCCACGUCGGGAUACCCGGAGCUCACGGUGUUUGUCAAUUAUGCGCAUGGCGAUGAGAAGUUGGAGCAGAUCUACGGGAAAGAUAAAUUGCCCCGCCUGGCGGCGUUGAAGAAAACCUGGGAUCCGAAUCACGCCUUCAGUUACAAUAAUGGAUUGCCCACUCAUUAUCCCUAG